AUGACACCGUUAAGGGCGAUAUUGGCGUGGAUUAUGGCCACAGCAGCUGUAGCUGCAGGAAUUGGAGUCCAUCUGACCCUUCUCUCGCGUACCCUGCCUUCUUUAUUGACUCAUUUGCCUAACCAGCAGAUCGACCAGUACUUACAGCCAGGCGCCUUCUUUCCCGAUUGUUUCUACAAUUGCUUAGGUCUAAGCGAAGAGGCCGAGGAAGCACACUGGCCUCCGUUUCUGGCUGCUGGAGUCAACUACUGGCGGUCAAGGUACGGCUAUCUGGACGACUACAGCGAAAAGACGGAUCAUACGAAAGAUGCUCCUUCAGACUCAGAGUUCAAGAACUCGCUCAGACUGAGAGCAUUUUUGAUGGGAGUGUUGACUCACCAGAUUGCCGAUGUCAGCUGGCACAGUCUGGGAUUUCGACAGGGUUUUUUAGACAUGCUCAAAGAACGAGACUUCGAAGGAGAUGUGGAACGGGCGCACGAAGCUCUGGAUGUGGGUGGAGACAUGAUCCUCAUGUCGCGGUUGGUGUCAGCCGACCCGGAACUUGCCUGGCUUGAUCAAUCGUGGGAUAUUCCAUUUGCUGAUAUCUCUGAGAUCUAUAGAUCGAUGGGUUCGUUUGUGUCCAAACGAGAAAUCGAAUAUUGCAUGGUGCAGGGAAAGGCCGCGCUCAAGGCGGAGAAACGGUUUUCGGGGGCAGGGUUUCGAAGAUACGCAUCUCUCAGUCCAGUGUUAUUUUCAGAGCUGGAAACAUACUAUUUAGGCGGAAUUCAGGAGAUCGCAGCAACGAUAGAGCAUUGUAUCGGCACAUUUUCGGAUUGGUUUCGAGGAAAACACGACAUUUCGUCUUCAGAGUCAUGGAACGUCUGCGAGGCUUUCAUCGGCAAAUCAAGAGAACAGUCAGACACCGUGUCCUCGGUUCAGGGGCUCAAUUUUGGACUGUAUCGAAACAUCGGCUCUUUGGAAGCGAGGUUGAGAAACUCCGUGUCUACUGAAUUGCUUGUUCACUUCCACAAGACAAAGGGACUGCUGGCAUUUGUUAAGCAAAGCUUCUUGGCAAUGCUCCCUGAGGUAAUCAAGACCCCCAAGCUCAAGAUUGAAAGUAAGGCACCUCAAAACGAGAUCUUCCUGUCUCCCCUGCAACAUGGAUCUUAUUUCGGAUCCUCCAUCAUGCUAGGUGAGUUUGACGGGAUCCAGGAAACCUGGAUUGCUGUGUCUGCUCCCUUCGAGCAGGACUCUGGAUCUGUAUAUGUCAUGGCCUUGGAUCAGUUCAAGGAGAGGGCUGCUACAGAACCUUCGGAGUUUGUGAAGUUGGUAGAUGACGAUAUCAACGAUGACCUGGGAACUCUUUCUUCGGUUUAUUCAGGUCCUUCUCGUUUCGGAGCUGCCUUGGCAUCCAUUAAGUCACCUUUGCUUGCCAAUGAUGUUCUCGUGGUUUCUUCCCCUGGUAGAAACAAGCUGGUAUUCCACUACAAGGGUCGAAAAGUCAUGAUUCUCAAGGUAGACCCCCCUGCAGAGUAUGGCUCAUCGGGUACCAAGCAGAUGGGAGAGACGCUGCUGGUCACUUCUGACUACCUGAUUGUUGGAAGUCCACGAACUGAUGUGGAUAAGCCACAGAGAGGAAAGGUGGAAUUUCUCUCAAUUGCUAAGAUCAUCGAAGAGAUAAAAUCUGCUCUCGCAAUUGGUUUCUUUCCCACUCUUUCGUACCAUAUGUUUGUAGUAUACACUCUGGACCCUCCCGCAGACGUGAUCAAUAAACAAGAGCGACUUGAGGAUGAUAUCUUGAUUACCCAGGAGAUUGGAUACGAGCUGUUCGGAUCAACCCUCGCUGUUCUUAACCAUACCAUCUUUGUUGGGGUUCCUGGAACUGUUGCCGUCGUUGCCUACAGGUACACUGAAUGGGGCGAUAAGUGGACACCCAGCUACAUUCUUCGUGGUGACAGAGACAGCACGAAAGAGUCAUCAUUUGGAGGAGACUUCAUUGAAACUGUUCCCGAAACAGGUAUCAUCAUUGUUGGAAGUAGUACCGAGUCUGAGUCCUCUUCUUGUCUACAAUCAGGUGCGGUAUACAUCUUCCGAGAGAAGGCAGGCAUCGCUGAUUUUGUAACCAAGAUCAACUCAAUCAAAACCUCUAACAACAUGUGUGAACCUUUCUCCCGUUUUGCUACAUCUGCUGUUAAACCUCUGGCAUGGCAAAACAACAAGCUCACCUCUUCUCCAUCCUCGUACGUCUACAUUGGCUCUCCGUUCGCUUACAAUAACCGCGGGGCUGUAUGGAGACUUGAUCUGAACAACUGGGAGGUGAUAGAGGUUCCAAUUCAAGGUCAUGGGCGACACCCGGCUUCUCAAUUUGCCUCAUGCCUGGCUGUUCUCGAGACCACCACUUCUGGAUCUCUCAACACAAUAGCUGCGGGAAUGCCAUUUGCAGGUAUCCAUAAGCUCGGAGAGGCAAGGGAUAUUGAUGCUUACAGCCCAUUGUCAGGAGGAUUGUAUUUGGUUUAUGUUUAA